GUCCCCCCUCCUCUUAUCAUUUUGCACUCUCUUUUUCUACCAAUCUUCAACUUCUUCAAGCCAUGUUAUUUCCUCGUCUUCUUCUCGGUCCUCUCAUCGUCUUUUUCCUUGCAAACUUUGUGUUCGCAUCCGUAUUACCAGAUGACGAAUUGAGAGCGUUGAGAGAGAUAGCGAAGACGUUGGGAAAGACAAACUGGGAUUUCAGCAUAGAUCCGUGCAGUGGAGAGUCAGGAUGGGUUACACCAACGGAAGGAUUAUUAGAAAAUUCUGUUACCUGUUCCAGUGACACCAUCCCUCCCCAUAUUGUUAGCAUAGUGCUUAAAGCACAGAAUCUCCAGGGCACUCUCCCACCAGAGUUGGUCAGGCUUCCUUACCUUCAACAAAUUGACCUUACUCGCAACUACCUCAGUGGCACCAUCCCUCCAGAAUGGGGUUCCAUGCAGCUCGUCAACAUCUCUCUUCUUGGAAAUCGCUUAACGGGUCCGAUCCCCAAAGAGAUAGGAAACAUAAGCACUCUUACCGACUUGGUUGUUGAGAUUAAUCAACUGUCAGGAGCUUUGCCACCGGAGCUUGGGAACCUAACUAGCAUUAAGAGACUUCUUCUUACGUCCAACAACUUUACUGGAGCAUUGCCUGCAACAUUUGCUAGGCUAACCUCAUUGAAGGAUUUUAGGAUUGGUGACAAUCGCUUCACGGGAAAGAUACCCAGUUUCAUCCAGAAUUGGACAAAUCUUGAAAAAUUAGUAAUUCAGGCAAGCGGCUUACUGGGGCCAAUUCCUUCUAGCAUAAGUGCUUUAGUAAAUUUAACUGACUUGAGAAUUAGUGAUUUAAAUGGAAGUGAUCCAGAAUUUUUUCCACCACUUAGCAAGAUGCUAAAUAUGAGGACACUGAUACUGAGGAGUUGCAAUAUCGUUGGAGAGCUACCUGAUUAUUUGGGACAAAUGACAUCUUUGAAGACCUUAGAUCUUAGCUUCAACAAACUCAGUGGAGAAAUACCAAGCAGCUAUUCUGGUCUUGAGGAAAUUGAUUUCAUUGAUCUUUCAUAUAACAACUUCACAGCUGGAAGCCCAGGGGCAACAGGUUGUCAACAACAGAGUGUGAAUUUGUUUGCAAGCUCUUUAGAGGGCAAUAAUUCGUAUUCUCUCUAUAUUAAUUGUGGUGGAAGAGAAGUAAUUGUCGGGGGAACCAAAUAUGAAGAUGAUGGAGAUGCAGCAGGACCUUCGAGAUUUGUUGAAAGAAGCAGCAAUUGGGCAAUCAGCAACACUGGUAACUUCUUGGAUGGUGGCAAAAAUCCAGAUGAUUUUAUCGCAACAAACAAAUCUGAACUUUUUGUGAAAGAUUCAGAACUGUACAUGAAUGCACGCCUUUCAGUCAUCUCUUUAACUUAUUAUGGAUUUUGUAUGGAGGAUGGAAACUACACAGUAAAUCUCCAUUUUGUGGAGAUAAUGUUCACCGAUGAUAAGACAUACAGCAGCUUGGGAAGGCGCAUAUUUGAUAUUUACAUUCAGGGAAAGCUAGUCCAAGAGGAUUUCAACAUUGCGGCUGAAGCUGGUGGGGUUGGCAAGGCUAUCAUUAAACCAUUUCCUACAGUUGUGAUCAAUGGUACCUUGGAGAUUCGUUUAUAUUGGGCUGGAAAAGGAACAACGGCCAUUCCUGAUAAAGGAGUUUAUGGUCCUCUUAUAUCAGCUAUAUCUGUGAAUCCUAAUUUUACACCUCUUUUAGAGGGUGGUACUAGUCUAUCUAUAAGACUGGUGGUUGGAAUUGUAGUUGGAGCAGCAUCUGUUAUUUUUCCUGUUGUGGUUAUCCUUUGGUGGAAAUGCUACAGAAGACAAAAAAACACAUUAGAACAAGAUCUAAAAGGUAUGGACUUGCAAAUUGGUUCUUUUACUUUAAGGCAGCUAAAAGCUGCCACCAACAACUUUGAUCCUAUUAAUAAGAUUGGAGAAGGUGGUUUUGGUCCUGUCUACAAGGGGCGUUUGAUAGAUGGUAAAGUAAUUGCUGUUAAGCAGUUAUCUGCUAAAUCAAAGCAAGGAAAUCGUGAGUUUGUGAAUGAAGUUGGCAUGAUCUCUGCUUUGCAACAUCCUCAUCUGGUAAAGCUAUAUGGAUGUUGCAUUGAAGGAAAUCAGCUCUUGCUAAUAUACGAGUACAUGGAGAACAAUAGCCUUGCUCGUGCAUUGUUUGGUCCAGAAGAAUGCCAGAUGAAAUUAGAUUGGCCAACAAGACAGAAGAUCUGCAUUGGUAUAGCAAGAGGUUUGACUUAUCUCCAUGAAGAAUCAAGGUUGAAGAUUGUGCACCGAGAUAUCAAAGCUACCAAUGUAUUGCUUGAUAGGGAUCUAAAUCCUAAAAUUUCUGACUUUGGCCUAGCCAAGCUUGAUGAAGAGGAUAAUACCCAUAUCAGUACUCGAGUUGCUGGAACCUUUGGUUACAUAGCUCCUGAAUAUGCAAUGCGGGGAUACUUAACUGACAAAGCAGAUGUUUAUAGUUUUGGAAUUGUGGCCUUAGAAGUCAUUAGUGGAAUGAGCAACACAAGUUCUUGGACAAAGGAAGAUAGUUUUUAUCUUCCUGAUUGGGCUCUUCUUCUGAAGGAGAAAGGAAGCUUAUUAGAGUUUGUUGAUCCGAGACUGGGAUCUGACUAUAACAAAACAGAGGUAAUGAAAAUGAUAAAUGUGGCACUACUAUGCACUAACCCUGCUCCAACCGCUAGGCCAGCCAUGUCUUCCGUGGUGAGCAUGCUUGAAGGGAAGGUUGCUGUUAUGGGGUUAGGUUCGGAUUCUAGCAUGUCUAUUGAAUUGAUGAGGAGGUUCUAUCAGAAUCUUGAAGAAAGAAAUAUUCAUGAGAACCAGUCACACAGUUUGUCAAUAGAAUCUUCGCCAUUUAUCUCCUCUUCCUUAUCUACAGCUGACCUCUAUCCACCCAGUUUGAACUCAUCUUAUUGGCACAAAGAGAGGUUAGAAAAGAAAAACUCUACAGAUCAUCUUGAUUUUGGCCAUAAGAGCAUUUCUUAAUGGGAAAUUCUAUUAUUUUUUAUUAUAAUUUUUCAUUUUGCAAUUAGAUUGUCUAGAGCAAGAAUUUGUUAACGCAAGGUUGUGUUUUAAAUUCUGAAUCACUAUUGUAAUAGUUUUUACAUGGUAGAAAAAAUAUGUAUUUUUAAU